GAAGCAUAACUUACAACAAACACACACAUCAUAUCUUAUUUAAGUAAACACUUAAAUAAUAUAUUAUUUAUUGGAUUCCAGUUUCACGACUUUAUAUUUUACACAAAAUUAAGCAUUACUGAAAAAAAACAAUAUGCAUUUAAAAAUUACUGUUAUUCUCUGCGCUUUAUAUUUUUUUACGGUAGCUAAGAGCACUGGAUUAAAUGAGAAACAAAUCAACGUAUUUGUCGAAACUAUAAAGAAAAUCAAAUAUAGCAAAGUUGCUGGAGGAGAUCAAAUUUUUAGGCAAAUGAGCGUACAAUUAAUGUUGUCCUUGAGCUAUACAGAUUUCAAUGAAACAUUUCCGUAUACUAUUGAUAUCAAUGAUAAAACAGCACCGGGUUACCUAAUGGAUUUGGCCGUUAUGGACAAGGGUACUGACGAUUGGAAGGUAAAAUGCUUCACUUCUCAAGAAGUAAAUCUUUUUGUGAUUAUGUUCAUAACUGCUGACCAAAAAAAAAAAAUACCCCAAGGACUCCUUACCCAACACAUGUUAAGAAACUUAAUUGACGCUCAAUUAAAACUAGAAACUGGCAUUAAGGAAAAAAUAAAAAAAGAAUUUAAAGAUGGCGAAUUAAUUAAUGCACCCAAGUUCUUGGCGGCAAUAGUGAAACAUAAACCAGUAGGUAGAGGUCUAAACGUGGAACAGGUUAUGAAAUGCAUUGAUUUGUAUAAUAAUCAUUUAGAUGGAGACGGCUGCAUUAAGUCCGAGGAAAUAAUAAAAAUUUACGAAAAGUUAAAUAUAGUUACAAAUAUAUACAAUUAUCAAGUGGCAUUUGAAUCGAAACGACCUGCUGCUCUGGAUGUACAAGAGUUGUUAAUAGUUUUAGCAGACUACAAUAAUGAGGUCAAAGAAAACGAAUCUGGUGUAUUAUCUAGUAAGGCAGUUAGAGAUAUUUCCUGGGAGUUCAAAAAACUUGACAAAAAUAAAGACGGUGUUAUAGGGAAACCGGAAAUUAUUAAGAUCGUAGAAAAUCUCAAUCUAAAUGUUAUGGACUCCAUUAAAACUGCACUUGAUCACGAUGGUGCAAAGCCAAAGAAUAUUGCUGAGUUUUUCCUCCUGAUAUUAUCAGCGCUUAAUCGUUUCUAGAAAACACUGCAAACUUCAUUGACCGUCAAUAGGUACUCCGUACUUGAAUUUACUUGUGUUGUUUUAAGUAACUCGUGGAACUUUCAAGUAUUACAUUUAAUAAUAUUCUAUUCUUAUAUUAAUUUAAUAAUUUAUAAUAUCCACGGCUUAAAAUGUAAAAUUAUAUCUAAACGGUGUUAGUUAAACGGAUUUUUAUGUUAAAUAUAAUAUUUCACUAGCGUACAUCUAAGAGGUGGGGUCAAUUCUCAAAAACUUAAAUUAGGGUUUAAUAAAGUUUAAUAUCAGUCUUGAUGAUUAUCGAGUAUUUAGAAUAGAAUGAUACUUAUACAAAUUCUGUUUUUAUUUAUUUUUGUUCAAUGCGCACUU